UAGUGAUGAAGAAGAUACACCAUAUCACCUGAGUUUUGAGAGUUCAGAAAGUUCAGAGAAUUCUAUAAACAUAAAAAAACCCCCUGAUGUAAAACAUCGAUAUCAUAAAGUUCCAAUUCAAGUUGAUGAAUCCUUAUGUUCACAAUUCUAUGACUUUCCCUUGGGUUCUUAUUCACCUUGUCAAAUAAACACUACUACAUCUCUUGAACAACAAUAUCCUUCUGAUCAAGAAUAUUAUAUUG